AUGAAAAUAAAACGUCAGGUUCUUAAAACCGAAAUCAAAAGUCAUUAUUUUAAUAGCAUCAUAAAUGAAAAUGAUGAAGAUGACGUGCCACACGAAAAUGACGCGUCAAAUAGCGGUAUAGCUGAAAAUAUAUUUAUACAAGAUAAUGAUUUAUUAACGAUUAAAUCCGAGUCGGAAGUGAUGCAUAAAUCACUAAAACUGCAAGAUAUGAUUAUGAGAGAUCAAGAAAUUGCAUCGAUGAAACGAACGGGGAAGAUAUCUAAAUACUUUAAAUCGAACAAAAAGAGAAUUAAAAAAGGUGAUAAUCCUAAAUUCAAUGAUCUCCUUCCUCUCACAUACGAUAAACACGAUAUAAAAUUCAAUAAUGAAAUUGACCGCUCGGAGAUGGAGAUCAUUCCAGAAAAAAGGUUCGAUGAUGAUGUCGAACAAGACCAAAUUUGUACUGACAAUCUAAAGAGCAGUGGCAAAUCAAAACUUCCAACCAUGGAAGAAGCAAAAAAAGCAGCAUCAGUUACAAUUCAUUAUAAACCAAAAUUUAUUCCGAUGUCAUCUCCUUUUAAUCUUGUACAAGAAACUUUAUAUUAUGACCCAUGGAAGCUAUUGAUAGCAACCAUGUUUUUAAAUCGUACGAGAGGUUCACAAGCGUUACCAUUAAUGUGGAAAUUUUUUGAAGAAUAUCCAAGUCCACAGAAAGCCGUUUUGGCCAAUGUAGAUAAAUUAUCUGAUUUAUUACGUCCAUUAGGACUUCAGAAUACGAGAGCAGAAAGAAUCAUAAGAUUUUCAUACACGUAUUUACUAAAUCCAGAUUUCAAGACACCCAAACAGUUAUUUGGUAUGGGUAAAUAUGCCGAAGAUAGUUGGAAAUUAUUUUGCGAAAAGGACGAUAAUUGGAUGGAAGAAUAUGGUUUAGAAACUGAAGACAAAAUUUUACAAUUAUAUGUUAAUUGGCGCAGACAUCAACAUAAGGGUUUAAUAAAUGAGGAAGACCUUGAGGAGAGAAAUUUGGAAGAAAAAGGGAUUUCACCGCAAGGAAAAUUGCAAGAUGAUUCGAUGAGGAGAUCACCAGAAAGUAUACAAAAGAAAUAUGAAAACGAAAAUUAUCUUUCCUUACAAGAAUUAAAUAAUUUGGACAUAUCAUCAAGAUAUUAUUAUGAGGAUUCAUAA